AUGGCGACCUCUCUCUCGUCAGCCGACACCUCGCCGGUGGAUCCGCUGGCAGGAUCCUCGUCGCCCAAAGCCAAAGUGUCUCAUUCUUUGUCAUGCGUGUCGCCCAAGGAAGCAAACGAUCUCGUAUCUCGGUCGACCGUGCCCGCUUCACUCUCUGGAGGUGACGACCAGGGUGAGGAAGACAUCCUAAGGGGAAUCGGAGAAACAGCGACGACUGUGCUCAAAGAUAUGACCUCCUGGGUAUCAGGGCAUUUCCGCGGCUCCAUCGUCCCCGCCGUUCGUUCCUUCUCUGCAGUUCAACAGUUUGACGAUUUCCUCUUCCCACCAGUCGAUCGCGGGUUCGGUUCCACAUGGGCAGGCUCCCAGCACGCGUCAAAUCCGUUUUCGCGGAGUCCGUUUGCCCGCGGGUCCCACUCCGCUGCUGGGGAGAGAUCCGCGUCUCUUGGAGGAUCUUUUCUAACUCCUCGCCAGCUGGGAGCGAGCGGGCCGUGCCUCACGAGUUACAGCAGCAGCGCGCUAAGCAACAACCCUGCCGCCCGUUCGCUUGUCGCGCCUGUGGAGCUCGCAGACGCUAAUUCUCCCCAGAUCCGCUGUCAUGAGGAGAGCCUUUCUGGCGUCCCGCGUCUGGGGUCUGCGAGUGUAAAAUCCUCUUCGUUGAUAAGUGGGCGGUAUGGCAAAGUUCCGCACGACGAGCCCCCGAGGCUUGACGAUGCAGAUGCCGGAGUCGGCGGAGAGUGGUCAUUCAAACUGGACGGUCUGUUCUCUAGCUUCAUUUCUUUUUUCGAUGGCGAGGACGGGGACGUGUACCCCCGUGCUCCACGUGGCUUUCCAGGAGAGCCUCCAUCGUACGGCCCUUUCCCUCCGCCCCAUCGACCUGACAGUAAUGCCUUCUCUCAUGCUGCUGGCUUAGAAGCUUCCUCUAGACGGAACCAGUCGUUUUCGUCCGCACCUAAAGGCGAGACCGCAGUUCGAACGGGGACAAGUCAGAGACCCUAUCCCAGUCCCUCGCACGCGGCCUUUUUCCCUUCAGCGGUUAGCCAACAGAUGGGCGCUUCCGAGGAGAUUUUUGGAAACGGCGGGUUUCGAAUGCGGGGACAGGCUUCUGUUCUACCGUCGAACCAUAUGAGCAGCAAAGCGGACCGCACCAGCGGCAACACCCCGGAGAGCCCCGUCAUUUCCCCAAGAAACCUCGAGGAACCUGCUGAUGGCACAGUCAAACCUCAGACAUGGUUGGAGUGCUCCGCUGCGCGCACGCUGUCCUGCGUGACACGGUCUCACGUCGAACUUUCGCUUCAGAUUCUCCAUAACAUCGGAAAGGUGGUCUGCAGCACGGUCAUUUCCGGUCAGGCCAGGCUUCGGUGCCCUGGCUUCAACAUGCUGCAUCUGCGCAUUCCUCUCUAUGAUCUUCACAACCAAGUCAUUUCGGUGGCUUUUUCCGUGCGCAUGAGUCACUCGCACGUCAAAGUUCUUCAGAUGCUUGAUCGCGACCAGCAUUCGCCGACUUAUCUCUCUUCGGACGUUGACGCAUUUGCAAAGAAGUGCGAUGCAGACAGUCGGCGACUGCGCCUUUUGAGACAGCUGGACUGGCACCGUCGCACCGAUGAAGACCGGAAGAAGGACACAUGCGUUUUGAAUUUUCGCGUCGACAUUCCGAUUUCAGAAGUGGAGGGUGAAGGCUCACCUGUUUGGACGUGCUUGACUGAGGAUCGCCCCAUCCCAGGCCUGACCACAAAAGACCUUUUUUCUAGGUUGCGGAACAACGCAGAAACCAAGGUUUUUCAGCCUCGAUUGCAAUUUUCUCUGCGAAAAGUGAUGACUGGCAUCAUUCCUGUUCCGGGAGAACCCCAUGGCAUUCCUGAGGACCACGUGUACGUGGGGCAGUUCGACGAUCCAAUUGAUAUUGCAGUCGCGAAUGCACUGACCGGACAAAGUCAACUGCUCGCCCGGAAAAAAAACAUCACACGCCUUUCGCAAGGAAAGUACGACAUCGAUGGCUAUGAGUGCACAAUCUUCCUGCAACCGUCCCGCCUCUCGGGAUUACCACCGGAUCGCACGGGCUUGGAGACCACGAGGGACGACGACGCAGAGGAAUUGAAUCAAGCAUCGGAGACGAAGACCCCUCUCGUAGUAGAGGGUGGCGCUCAACAGCCUCUCCUAGAUUACCUCAGAGGGUCACUGGACAACGUCGUUUGGGAAGAGCAAAAUGUUAUAUCUGCCAUCGACAUGGUUGAGCCUCAGCUGCUCCCAUCUUUCCAGGGUACACCGAUUCCGUGGGAAGCAAAAGUUGACAGGCGCGUGGCAAUGGCUCUCGCCUGUCAUCGGGCAGCCGUGCGGGAACAGGUCGCCACUGAGCUGCUGCAGCUUCAAGGCAAAGCAACACCGUCGCUGAUCUAUGCGAAGCACGCGCAUCCAGUCUCGUUGCGGCUUGGUGCCGACACUGCACCGGUUCGCGUGACUUACACCUGGGGAGACGAAUAUUCAGACAUCCAGCUGGUCGUCAUCGAAGAAGGCUUUGUACCUCCCACGAAGACAGGUGAUUCUCUCUCCGUAACAACUACACAAGAAGACGUUACCUCCGUCAACUAA